AUGCUCGACAGCUCGUUGGAAAAGGCCAUCACCUACUGGCUAUCUACCAUCACAGCAGCUAAACACGCUGAUCCCGACGAGGUUCCCGACAAGGUUCCCGACAGCGACCCUCGGCCUCGCAAGCGACAGCGUGUCGCGUGUGACGCUUCCGAGGGGCCGAAAGCAAAAAGCCAGAUUCUUUCAACCAGAACUGAUGCUGUCGGCACCGAUUCCAUCACGCAGUUCCUCCCAUCUCCUGAUUCUUCCCCGGCACCGACCGCGACGCCGAACUACAGAGCACUGCCCGACAUGGAGAGGCCUCCCAGGACACCGUCUCCUCACAAACGACUCUACGGGGCUGCUGACGGACCCCAGCCCACCGUCGCCCUCGAAGAGGAGACACCGAGAGCAGUUGCUGUUGCCAUGGACUCGUUUGACCUGUCUUCUCAACUAUCUUUCGAAACCGCCAGCUCGGCGACCCACUCUACAGCCAGCGCCGCUUCCCGCUCUUCAUCUCCUAACAAACGUCUGAGGAACGCGGAGAUUCUAUGGUCUGGAUUUACAACCGAUAAAUUUCUAUCCUCAACACCACGGCCUCAGUCCCUUGUGGCCCUCCACGACGAGCUCAACAGCAUCCGGCUCGGACUUCGUGUGAUACCGUGCCAAUUCCAGUCUGCGGGCUCUUCGAUUCCCCCUCACGCCUUCUUCGAUCCCGCCGCCGACCCCACCACUGUGACUGAUUGGCGCAUCCCUUCGCUUAACUGGGUUAGCAGGACCGUCGAGGAGGCCACAAGGUGUGAACUGUCUCGCGAUGCCGAGAGUGAUUGGAACCAUGCUGUCCACGCUCGCGUUCUCAACUGGGUGUGCGCUCCCGAGGACGCGCCGAGAGGCCUGGUUGCUGUCAAACACUGCACAACCGCGCAAAUUUUGAAGGAGUUUCGGCCGAAAGGUGCCCCCACUCACAUGGUGGACUAUUGCCUCGUCAUCGAUCCGACAAGAGAGGUGGCGGCGUGUCAGCGGAUCAAUACCAUUUGCCGCUCCCGGCCCGGUGCGUCCAUCAACCACACUGAUAUGGGCAGUCUUGCAACCCAUCCCAUAGCUGUCUCUAUCGAGACUAAGCGUCCCGGUGAGGAGUGGAGCAAGGCCAUGUUGCAGCUCGGGACCUGGCACGCCGCGCAAUUACGCAGCCUUGAAAAUCUCGGCCACUGUCCUACCACGUCGGCCAUGGAGUUUCUUCCUGCCCUCAUCGUCCAAGGCCACGACUGGUACUUCGUCGCCACCGUGCCGCGGUCUGAUGCGCCACCGACUGUCUUUACCCGGGUCCGCAUCGGAAGCACCGAGGACCACUUCGGCGUCUACCAGCUUGUGUUGGCGUUGCAACAUGUAAGCCGCUGGGCGGAGCAGGUGUUUUGGCCCGCCAUGAGAAGCGAGAUCCUUGAUUGUUGA